CAGAGCCGAUCAUGGCGACUCUCGGCGGCAGUCGUGGGGAUCGUCUCGGCAACACUAAUCAACAAAAGUCUUCUUUUGCAUCUCCAGAGAAAGUCCGUGAGCUCCUCAAUGCUGGAGUGUCACCAGCAGACACAGGAUCCAGCAGCGGACAAGGAAAUUUUAAAGUUCUGGAAGUAAAAAGCGACAUUCAAGCACCUUGUGAAGCAACGAACAAAGAAGCCUUUUUCUCUAGAGUGGAAUCUUAUUCAUGUUUGAAAUGGGCAGGCAAACCCCGCACGCUGUCCCCUCUGAUGUGCGCCCGAUAUGGCUGGAUCAACAUCGGCCGCGAUAUGCUCAAGUGCUCCAGCUGCCAGGCUUUCCUCUGUGCAUCACUACAACCAACUUUAGACUUUGAAAAAUAUGGAACCCGCAUUGCAGAGAUUUCAAGGCAGCUUCAGACGCAGCAUGAGAAGUUUUGCCCCUGGCCUGACUUUCCAUGCCCCGAGCGGUUCUGGCUGGUUCCAGCCUCUGAACCAUCAACACUCCUCGCUGCCUUCUUAGAGCGUUUCCAGCGCACCUGUCUACUUGCACAGCAGCUGCCCGCCAUGAAGCCGGAGCAGCUGAAGUCCAUGUCUUUGACUGAGGAUGUUAUCAGUGUUAUUCUGCAGCUGAUCGAGGACGAACAAAAAAGAAAGGGAACUUCUCCGUGCUCUGAACCUUUGGCUGUGCAGGUGGCUGCAUGCAUUGUUUCUCUCUGUGGCUGGGCUGCAAGCCCAGCUCUGCACGCCAUCAACCUGCCCAUCCUCACCUGCUCGUACUGUAUGCGCAAGGUGGGCUUGUGGAACUUCCACCAGAUGGAGGGAACAGGAGGUGAUGGAGACGUCUCACCAAACCCAGCAGGCACCCCUGCUCAAACAACAGCUCCUGCCUCAGCAGCCACACAUGAGGGCCAGGGGGACCAGCCUGCUUCUGCCUCAUCCACCCCCGCAACUCCAUGUCGCAUGAAGCUGAGGAGCCAGGACUCCACCCGCUCUGACCAGGGUGAAGGAGCCUCUCCUGCGUCUUUGCGUGCCCGUAGCAGAGACUCACCAAGCCCCAGUGAAGAGCUGCAGAGUCCUUUGCCCAGGGGCAAAAGGGCUGCAACUCGUGGUAAAGGACAGGGGGACAACGCCGGGGGUGAUGGAGCUGCCAGCCUGUAUCACCCUCCCAAACGCCUGUGCCUCUCAUCAGUUGGUGGUCCUGAUGAGCUCCUGCACAGGAAUGUAUUUGACCCCCUCGCUCAGCACAGAGAGUGGUGUCCCUGGAUCUCUGUCGGAAAGGAGAAUGUGGAUCCAGGGACAGCCCCCUUUUUGGAUGGAGACUCUGCGCUUCAUCAGCAGGGCUGGAAGGCUGCCCUCGACCUCCUCAUGCCCAUGAAGAAGAACUCCAGUGCAGCAGGAGGCAGCCCAGGACAGGGCCCCCGGGACAAAUCCAAAAGGGUUUUUGCUAUAUUCCGUCAGUGGCAGGUAUCCUCCUCUCCGUCUCAGUAGACUGUUUCCAUCCAAACAGCAUCGCAACACUGAAUGAUGAACUGACCUGCCCUCUUUUUUCUGUGGUACAGAGUCCGCAGUACCAGUGACAGGAGUGUCAUAUCAUAUCAAUGUAUGCCAUCCCUAAAAGUCGUGUUUACAGUCAAAGUGUUUCAGGAGGGAAAGGAAGCUGAGUGUGUCUUUCGACAAAUGAAUGAGUGUCUUUUCCGUGAACAGUGAAAUAUGUGAAGGAUGCCAGUGUGGCUUUAAAACCUUUGAAUUCUGAUUCAUGAAAAUUGGGGUGUGCAGAUAUUUGGGCCUCUGUAGGCCUUGUAUCAUGUGUAUACGUAAGUAGUCAAAAGUAAUAGAACACAUCUUGGUGUAUUAAUUGGCCACAGAAAGGCAUUUACUAACCUCAUGUGAAGUCUGCUUCGGUAGUCCUACAUGACAUAAUGGUAGUCUGAAUUUCAGUCGAAUACAAGAGACGAGAAGUCCAUGGGAACGGGCCAAAUGGCUUGACACUGGAAAGGCAAUGUUUACCUUCAAUGUAUGUUGAGUCAUAUGAGGGAGUGGUCGAUUUUUAACCUCAGAUUAGCAAGAAAAAAACUGUGAGGAAGUCAUUUUCUGUGUGUACUGUUGUGCUUGAAAAUCAACAUGGACAUGAGUUCUCUUUGAAAAGAACAAUCGUUUUUUUUUUGGAGUAGUAAAAUGUUUGUUAUCAUUUUGUCAAUCCUGAUCACUGCAGGCAGGUAGAACCAUGUGCCAUGAACGUCAAACCUGUUUGGAAUUAGUUUUCAGGAUGCCUGUACUUCCUUUUGCCUUCCUUUGACAUCUCACUGCGAAUGCAGUCCUCUCUAUCUUGCAUGUGCUUUUAUCUUCGUAGUUUCCUACAAGGGUUUAAUAAAAUGCUGUUCUGAAA